GGGGAGGCACGGGCCGAGGAUCGGGCUGCCGGUCGAGGUGCGGGGGUCGCGGUACCUGUUUGGGCUCGGUGGCCGCGGGCGGCGGCGGAGGCACCGCCUGCACGGGUCCGGCCGGCAUGACUGCGACGCUCAGGGCUGCCAGUCCGCCUCGCUGAAGGUGAGCGGUGCUGCGUCAAAGCAGCUCCCCGCACAGCCGAUACGACAAGCUCGCAAGAUGGCGGCGGCCGACAGAGUCGUCGCCGAGGAGGGAAAGCUGACGCACUUCCGGGACCGCCCCUUCUUCGUGAUGCAACUUCCCGCCCCCGCCCUGGAGCCGUCUGCGCGAGACGCCGUUGCCAUGGCAGCGGUCGAGGCACCCGGCUAGGAUUUGUGGGGGAUCCCCGGAGACGCAGGCGCGCCAGGGGCAGUUCUAUGAGCCGACCAGACCACAAGGGCUGAGGCUGGGACGCAGGAGACUGGGAAGACGUUCUGCAUCACCCGCCGGACGCUCUUCACACACACCCCACGGCCCUGGCCCCCCUCUCCUUUACUCCAAAGGUUCCACCCUCUGCCUUCCAUAGCCCCGCCCUCAAGCCCCGCGGACAGUCUCGAAUCAAGACUUUUUUAAGCUCCAUCCCUCUUUCCCAAAGGGAUUGAAGAGCUACUCGGGGCCAGCCCUGCACUGGAGACAGAAAACCAGGCACCUGGAUGAGCCUCUGACCUGAGCCCCAGAGCCCACAGGCUAGCCUGAGAGCCAGACAUCCAGCUUCACAGGCAGGCACCUGCGCAGAGGAGCCCCGAGGAUGGCGUACCUGCUGGGCAGCCAGUCCUGCAUGGACAGUCUGCGCAAGGACCUUACUGACCUGCAGGGCGCCAUCGUGGAUGUGUUCUCUCGAGCCGGGCCUGUGCGCUUUCCCUCCUGGAAGUUCCCUGACCGCGUGGCCUGCGACCUGGAUAUGGUGGCCCUGCUAGAGCACUAUGACCAUGUGCCGGGUGACCCCGAGUUCACGCAGCUGUCCCAUGCUGUUCUGCUGGAGCUGGUCAUCGACAGGCUGCUGCUGCUGCUUCAGAGCUGCACGAGCUUCUUGGAGGACCUCGGUUCGGAGCAGACAGUGCCCCCUACCCGGGCUGUGGGGCCCUGCAUGUCUGUGGGGCUCACGGUGCGGCGCUUCUGGAACAGCCUGCUGAGGCUGGGUGUGAUCUACCAGCAGGCAGCUCCCCAGAAAAGGGUAAACCAAGGGGAGAACCUCACCUCCAAGCCCACAGCCAAGGGCGAGCCAGCCAGGAGCCCUGAAUUUGUGACUGCCAAGUUCAUCAAGCCCCCCUCCCCGACGCCAGGCUUGCCCCAGACCUGCCAAGAGCCGGACAGCCUCCCCGUCAGAGUCUCCCCGCAGUGUCCAGCCAGGACUGCCAAGAACAGGAGGAGCGUUCACUCCCAGACGGUGGAGACGGCCCUGGUGCCCUGUGAUGCAUGCACCAGCGUCCAGGGCAGCCUGCGGGAGGUGGGCAAGGUGCUCAUAGGCCUGUGUCAGAGCCAGAACUUGCCCUCGUCCUUAGGCCAGUUCCAGCAGCUGGUGCAGGACAGCAUGGGCCUCAGGCCGCUGCCGGCCGCCACCGUGGGCCACUGGGCAGCAGAGCAGAGCAAAGACCUGACCCGCCUCAGUAAGCACGUGGGGGCCCUCAGUCAGCUUGUUGGGCCACUCAGGGCCCAGCUGGAAGAAGCCGAGGGGCAGAAGGACGGGCUGAAGCAGCAGGUGGGCCAGCUGGAGCAAGCCCUGCAGGAGGAGCAGAGGGAGCGGCGGCGACAGGCGGACGAGGCCGCACGGCAGCUGGUGGAGUGGGGGCGUAACAGGCAGCAGCUGCUCACAGAAACAAGUGACCUCAAGACGAAGGUGGCCACCCUGGAGGGGGAGCUGAAGCAGCAACAGGAAUCCAUGCAGGCCGUAGAGACAAAGGCCCAGCAGCUUCAAGAGGAGGCCGAGCGCAGGGCAGAGGCCGAGAGGCAGGUGCAGCAGCUGGAGGAGCAGGUGCAGCUGCUAGCAGGGCGGCUGGAUGGGGCCAGCCAGCAGAUCCGCUGGGCCAGCACAGAGCUGGACAAGGAGAAGGCCCGUGUUGACAGCAUGGUCCGCCACCAGGAGUCCCUGCAGUCCAAACAGCGAGUCCUGCUGCAGCAGCUGGACAGCCUGGACCGGGAGCGUGAGGAGCUGCGGGGCAGCCUGGACGAGGCCGAGGCCCGGCGGGCCCAGGUGGAGGAGCAGCUGCAGAGUGUACAGAGUGAGAGGGAGCAGGGGCAGAGCCAGCUCCUGGCCCAGCAGGAGCUGCUGCAGAGCCUGCAACGGGAGAAGCAAGGCCUGGAGCAGGCCACGACGGAUCUGCGGCUGACCAUAUCGGAGCUGGAACGAGAGCUCGUGGAGCUGCGGGAGCGGGAGCGGCUGCUGGUGGCCUUUCCAGACCUGCACAGACCCAUCGAGGCCCAGAUCCCAAGCUCCGGCGAUGUUACAGAUGACAUGGAGAGGCAGGUACAGGCCAAUGACAUCCGCAUCCGGGUCCUGCAGGAGGAGAAUGGGCGGCUCCGGUCUAUGCUGUCCAAAAUCCGGGAGGUAGCCCAGCAGGGGAGCCUCAAGCUGAUCCCCCAGGACCAGCUCUGGGCCCCUCCCAGCAAGGGAAUCCAGGGAACAGUGUCCCCAGCCCAGGCCCAGAACGCAUCCCCAGGGCCCCUGGGCAGGCGGCAGCUGCCUAGCCGCAGGACAGCCAGCGCGGGCAGGACCCUACCAUGCCAGCGCCAGGCAUCCCCACCUCAGCCAUCCUGCAGUCGGCCCGGCGGGUCCUCCCUGGAGGACAUGACCCACUCAACCAACUGUGCUCAGAACCCCAUCCGGGCCUUGGCCAGGCUGAGGAGAAGACUGUCACCAGGCCAGGGCCAGGCCAGCCCUGCAUACCAGCCCCAGGAGCGGCCCACGUAGCCUGCCGGGCGGUGGGGCUGGAGGGCAGGUAGCUGGCAACCUUCAAUGUAAUAAAGCCCCAGCCAUGUGCCCACAGCUCCCUUGGCCUCACAGCAGUGGCUGAGCCAGAGGCAGAGUCCUUCCUUCCCCGUUCUGGGCAGGGAUCACCGAGUCCCCAGGCCCUGCAGGUCAUCUGCCAGCAGAGGCCUGGCACACUGUGAGGCCUCAGUAAGUGAGCGCUCCCUGCCUCUGUCCUGACAGGGCAGUGGGAGAAGAGAGCACACCAAGGACAGAAAGAAGCGUUAGCACCUGGGCCAGGCCAAAGGCAGUCUUCUAACCCCCAUAGCAAGGGCAAAACGGUGACAUGGACUCAGCGACCCCUACCAAUGGAGAGCAGGGUCAGGGUAGGGGGUAUGUCAGGGAAGGAAAGCAGCUGCCAAGGUAGGUCCAGUGAGGAAGGAGUCCCGAACCAGAAGUUCGGGUCCCGGCUCUGGGCUCACAGAGGCAGGCAAAGGCCAGGGAAGCCUUCCCCAGCCCCAGCCCUGAACCCAGGAUGGGGACAUUAAGGACCCAAGAAAGUCAGUCCUCCUUUUACUAAGGAACUAUUCACCUUCAGGAAAUGUGAGUCACAAAGGGUUUCUCUAAAUCCAGGAGGUUGGAUCCCUAGAAGGCAGGGCAAGGCCUCACCUAACCAGACAGUGGGACACCCAGCAAGCCCUGGCUUUCCCAGACCUGUCUCUUGGGGCCCCAGCACUCAUGCCACCCAGCCGCGCCAGGCCCACAGUCCAGUUUUCUCCACGAAGCCUCCAGCCUGCCCUGAGUCACCGCGUCAGUGAAGGACAGGCUCUAAGGCCUUGCUCAGGACUUCUCAGGGUGGGCACUCCCAGCUUCCUAUGACAUUUUCCCCUGGUGAGAAGGCCAACAGGUAGAGUGCCUCAGUUUACAGAGAAGGGCCGAGAAGGGCCAUGUGUGUAGCUGAACUGCCAUGGCCACUACCUGCCCAACUCUGGCUUCUGUGGAGCCUGGCGUUGCUGAGGGAGACUGGGAUGCCCAGGCCCUGCCCUUCACAGGCGAGAGCCAGCCCUUGGGGUGGGGUCCCUGAGGCAAGAGGCGUGGGCCCAAGUCCAGGGGGAGGACCCAUCACAGCUCAGCUCCCCCCUGCUCACAGUUAUGGAGGUCAGAAGUUCGGGCCCUGUGGCUGAGUUCUCCAUUCAGGAUCUUAGAAGACUCACGUCAAAGUAUCUGCCAGGUUACAUUCCUUUCUGACAGCUCUGGGAAAGAACCCACUCCCAGACUCGUUCUGAUUGCUGGCAGAAUUCCGAUUCUUGCAGCUGUAGGACUGAGGUCCACCUCCUUGCUGUGGCUGCUGUCACCAGGGGCCACUCUUAGCGCUUAGAGGCCGUCUGCCUCCCUUGCCGCCUAGCCCCCUCCAUCUUCAAGUCAGCAACAGAGAAUUUGUCAUGCACUGAAUGCCCUUCCUGCUUCAACUUUCUGACUUCCUCUUCUUCCACCAGGCCAGAGAAAACUCUGCUUCUAAUGGGCUCUCGUGGUUAGGUCAGGCCCUCUUGGAUACCUUCCCCAUCUUAAGGUCAACUGUGCCAUAAAAUAUAACCUAAUCAUGGGGGUAAAAUCCAUUCGACUCCCAGUUGCAGGUUUACAAGGCGUGUUCAUGAGGGCUGGGCGGGGGGGGAUCUUGGGACCCGUCUUAGAACCUCCCUCCCACAGACAGCAGAGCCCAAGGUGACUUUUCUGUCUUAAGACAUCCACACAAAUCUGAUCUCUUAUGUUAAAAAUAUAUCCAUAUUUACUUCAAUAUUAAACCUCCCCUACCCCAAAUCUAAAAAAACCAGCUGUCCCUAAAAGAUGCACCACAUUUAUCCUGCAGCUUCAAGUAUCCUGGUCAGCAACCUAUAGCCCGGCCAAGAAGCACAGGAUUGGAUGGCUUCGAGGCCUCUGGUCCCAGCCAGGCCUGGGAAGGGAGCCCAGCUGAACAGGCAGGGCCACUUGCAGCUCCUAGUGUCCAAGGGCUGAGGGCAGUAUCUGUGGAGGGGCCUGUGGGUUGAACAUCACAGCCUUGGCCAAGAUGUGUCCUGAAAGACGGUCAGGCCAGGAUGUCCCCAAGGCCAAAUAGCUCCUCCCACAACCCAACCCCCAAUAAAUAAGCACAAAACCCGGCCAGCCACUGCAGCCUUAGUCCCCAGGGAUGGCCUGACAGGUCAGAGAGCCACCAGAGCCCUGGGAACAGCUGCACUGCCCCACAACCUCCUUCCCCAGGCCGCUGCCCAGGGUCCUGGGAGCUGCCUUCGAGGAGGGCAGACACAGAUACCCCAGGAUGGUAGAGAAGGGCCCCAAAGUGGCUUCUCUUUCUUGACUGGCAGGUCCAGACUCUGGGGGCCGUGGUCCCUCCUUCCCAGUAUGAAUAUGAUGGGGUGCCUUGCCCCUCAGCAGGGGAGGCCCCUAUCCUUCCUCCAACCAGCAGGGCUUCCUGUCCAUCCCGCUGUACUGUUCCAGGAGCCCAGGCCGAGGGCCAGGGUGCAGGUGGGAGGGUCCUUUGCCCACAUGCAGAGACCCAGCGGGGGCAGCUAAUCGUCUGAGUAGCGGUUCCCUGCAGGGGAGGAGGAAAAAACAGGGAGGGAGGUGUCAGGUGGGGAGCAGGUAAAGCCAGCCAAGGGCCCCCACCCCUGGUGCUUACCCAGGACGUUGAAUUUGCAUAGCGGGCAAGUCUGCUGGAGCAUCAGCCAGGGGUCCACGCAGUCUCGGUGAAACUCGUGCUUACAGGGCAGCACCCGGAGCCACUGCAGGGUGUGGGGGAAGGCUUCAGGCCAGAGUCAGGCCUCCAAGUGGGGCUGCCUGGCCCCCCCACCUGUGCAGGGGAACUGAAACCCCUGCGGCCUGUCACCCUCCCCCGCCAACACCCCAUUCUGCUUUCCUAGUUACAGUAGGAGCUGAGAGAAUAAGGGCCUGGUAGGAACGGUUCUGGGGUCUCUCGGGAGUAGAGUGAGAGACAUCACAGGUCAGCUGACGGCUGGCCUCUGCCCGCGGCACUAACCUGCUUGUUGCAGAAGUAGUCCAAACACACGGCGCAGGUCUCAGCACCGGGUUCUGGGGGGCCCUGGGUUGCCCUGCCCAGACGGCAGCGCCGGGUCUUGAGGGAUGCCAGUCUCCGCACCACGCGGAGCUUGAGCAGAUCCACCUGGUGGGGGAGGGCAGGCACAGUUAGGCAGGCUGGAGGGCUGGGGGCACGGGGGUUCCCAGGGGCUGGCUCUCACCUGGCCUCCAGGUUCCCGCUGGCUCUGUCUUGACGCCUGCCGCUGGGCCUGGACCACGAGGCCUGUGCACAGGAGCAUGGCCACCAGCAGGAUGGCGUUCCACAGCUGCUGCAGGGGUUUCUGGGCAGGGGAACAGGGUGUCAGGGAUGCUGGGGCUGCUCUACGCUCUUCCCUAGUGAAUCCACUCCGAGGACCAGGCAGGUAAGGUCCAUUGGCAGCGUGUCCCUGCAGGCUCCUGGCUGCCUCUUCUGAAGCCUGCGUGCCUCCCAUCUGUGCCCUCAAGGUCUGCCCCCGCUGUCUAUACAGCUCCUCAUCCAGCUGCUGAGGGGACCCACAUCUGUCCCCAGCCCCUCUCCUGGGCAACAAACUCAGUGUUUUUUGCAUUCUUGGAACUUCUCUCUGGCAGCCUCACAGACUCCCCAGCCCAGGACCCUAUCACUUUCCCACCUCCAUCCCCACCCACUUCCAUCUGGGCCGAGCAUUCACAUGGUCCCGUGGCUUCGCUCUUAGGUGGCUCAUGCACCCCUCCCCUCCAUCCCACUCCUCUGCUCUUUGGGGGCCCUACUCCAGCCUCACCAGCCCAUUUCCCACAGCGACAAGGAUCUCAUCUGCAAACCUGAUCACGCAGGACCCCUGCUUGACACCCUUCCCUGCGACGCCCCCGCCCUCAGGAGAGACCCCGAACUCCUCUAGCAGCCAUAUGGCAAGGCCCUAGAUCGCCCAUCCCCUCUGUCCUUUCAGGGUCCAUGCUCCUUGCUCUUUCUCGUGUUCCCAGUUCUUCCUCACCCCUUCCUUCGGCUAAUGCCUUCAGAUCCCCCUUGCUCCAGAGCUCUCCCUGACUACCAGGGCUAGGCAGAUGCUCCCCACUUGCCUCCCCCUGCCCAGCCCAGCCCUCCUCACACUCUUUACUGUGUGUUUCCCCAUCGCUGCCCUCGUGGUCCUCAGGCUCCUGCUGGUGGGAAGGAUCCACAUCUGAGAGGCCCCUCGGGACCUCAGAGCUCCUGGGGCGGGGAUGGGGGGGCACACACUGACCUUGACUUAACUCCCCCCACCCCAUAGCAGUGUGGCAGCUGGGCUUUGACUACAAAACAGCUGGCUCAGGAAAUGAUGUGGCAGAGUAAGCAAAACCCAGAUGGCUCACCCACACAGGCACACCGGCUCACAGGGUCUCUGGAUGUGUCCUGACUAAUAAAUGCAUUCAUUUAAAA